AUGGGCCGUGACAUUAUGGAAAGAACCAUUAGUCGUUCUAGUUCUCGCUUGUCUCAUUUGAAAUCCAUCAUGAAACUCCACGACAACCAUUCGGCGGAAACUACUAGCAUGGAAACGACAAUGGUGGCUUCUCCUGGUUUAUCGUACCUCAUGGAGGUUUACGUCGGCACACCGCCAGUCAAACAAAUGAUGUACGCGGACAUGGGGUCCAGCGUGUCAUGGAUUCAGUGCCUUCCAUGUGAGAAUUGUUUCCAUCAAGCUCUACCCAUAUUUAAUCCUUAUGCGUCAGCAUCAUCUCAAAUAUUGCUAGAUUCUGAGCAUGAGUGUAUGUUAUUAGAAGACAAACGUGAUUUAACUAAAUCAAAUGGAGUAUGUAACUAUGCUUUCGGUGGCAAUUCAUAUACCCGUGGGUGCACCGGUAUAAUUGGGCUUGGAGAUAGUCCUCUCUCAUUCAUUGGUCAGACUGAUGCUUUUCUUCAUGGAAGGUUUACAUACUGCCUAGUAUCUGAUCAAUUCGGUUCAAACCCAGAUGCAAGGACUAGUAAGAUUAGCUUUGGACAUAGUCCGGAAGGGACUAUUUCCACCUGGUUGUGGAAGAUGCAAAACAAACCAAACUAUUAUAUCAUAUUGAAAUCAAUCAUCAUUGGAGAUACAGUAAUUCCAAUGGGAGGACUAUCCGCUAACUUCAUGUUGGACACAGGCUCUACUCUAAGCUAUUUGCCCACCAAAGCGUAUCAAAUAUUGGUGUAUGCAUUAAGAAACAUGAUUGGUAAAAAACCAUUAAAUGUUCGUAAUGAACUUUGCUAUAAACUUAACACCAGUAUCCCUAUAGUUUUGUCAAAGAAGAACACUUUUAUUAAAUACGAAAAUAUGGUGUGUCUGGCAAUAAACCCAGAUAAUGCUUUAUCCAUAUUGGGGAACCGAGCACAAAUAGACUUCUCAAUUGGAAUUGAUAUUCACCGUCGGAUGGUCUCUUUUGAUCCAACUGAUUGUUCAACCCAUGUAAUGCCAUAG